AGCAGCAGCAGCAGCAACAGCAGCAACAACAGCAGCAGCAGCAGCAGAUGUACACCGACGUAGACAGACGUCUUGCCGGUGAUAUGCCACGUAAACACGACGCGUGUGUGCGAUGGAGUUUUCGCAGCAUGGAGCUUGUCGUCUGCUCGUACAUUCUCUACGCGUGGCAGUGGCUGUGUAUGCUCCUACGCCGCCCGCUCACCUACCUCUGGCCAGCGGACAGCCAGACGCCACAAUACGAGCUUCCAGGCACAGACAGCUUCGAGUGGCGAUGUCUGUGUUCGCUGAACACACGCAGAGCGCAGCAUGACAGUGCGCCCCUACAGUGGAGCGGGGAGCUGGCCGAGAUGGCCCAGCAAUGGGCCGGCAGCAUUGCCCAGAAGGGCUUCUUACAGUAUAGCGAAACCAAAGGUGAGCAGCAUCGUUAGGUUAAGGUUAGGGUUGGGGUU